GAACAUUUGGUAUGUAGCCCACCUAUCGCCCUAUCGCAGAGUCAGCAGAGCAUUCUGGGUAAGCAAGCCUUCGAGGAACACUCGGACAAUCUGUGCGAUUAUCCUCUUCAACAGUCUGCGAGCGCUUCAGUUCAUUCCUCCGUCCUUGGCCGCUUUGCUGUUUGGGACAAGAACAGCGCUUUCACCCCGGUUCUCGGUCGUCCCGGCCACAUUAGCAGCUGCUUGUCGCAACCUUAACGCCCGUCUUGUUCAGCCGUGUUUAGUUCAAUUGUCAGCGUCAACCCGAUCGGACCAACAGCAUAUUCGGGCUCCCUCUCCUUGGCCGACUUCCGCAUCGUACAAUGAAUCAAACACCAGAUGCUGCCAGUAAUGGCUCAUCCGGCAAGCCAACCCCGCAAGUACAACCAUGUCGCUACAAGGUGGGCAAGACUUUGGGCGCCGGUUCGUACUCGGUCGUGAAGGAGUGCGUGCACAUCGACACCGGCCGCUAUUACGCUGCAAAGGUCAUAAACAAGAGGUUGAUGGCUGGCCGUGAACACAUGGUACGGAAUGAGAUUGCCGUCCUUAAGAGGGUCUCACUAGGCCACCUGAACAUCCUCACCCUUGUUGAUUAUUUCGAAACCAUGAACAAUCUCUAUCUCGUGACCGACCUCGCCCUCGGCGGUGAGCUCUUCGACCGCAUCUGCCGCAAAGGGUCGUACUACGAGUCCGACGCUGCCGAUCUGAUUCGUGCUACUCUGUCCGCCGUCGCAUACCUCCACGAUCAUGGCAUCGUGCACCGCGACCUCAAGCCUGAGAACUUGCUAUUCCGCACGCCCGAAGAUAAUGCCGACCUCCUCAUAGCAGAUUUCGGUCUCUCGCGUAUAAUGGAUGAGGAACAAUUCCACGUACUUACCACGACCUGUGGGACUCCAGGGUAUAUGGCGCCCGAGAUAUUUAAGAAGACGGGCCAUGGAAAGCCUGUCGACAUAUGGGCUAUGGGCGUCAUCACAUACUUCCUUCUAUGUGGCUAUACCCCAUUUGACCGCGAUAGCGAUUUCGAGGAGAUGCAAGCUAUUUUGAAUGCAGAUUACAGCUUCCAGCCAGCCGACUAUUGGCGUGGCGUGAGUGACCAUGCCAAGGACUUCAUCCGUCGUUGCCUGACUGUCGAUGCCAACAAGCGCAUGACAGCGCAUGAGGCUUUGAGCCAUCCAUUUGUUGCCGGCUACAACGCCAAUGCGGAUGGUGACAAGGGCCAAAACUUGUUGCCCACGGUCAAGAAGAAUUUCAAUGCGCGCAAAACACUCCAUGCCGCCAUCGAUACCGUUCGGGCAAUCAAUAAGCUAAGAGAGGGCCAAGCCCACCACGCUCAGCUCAUGGAUGGGUCCCGGUCUGCAGAGCCUACGAGGGGCGCUGCUCCCUUAGCUAAGGACAAUGGUCCAGCUGUGACCAAAGGUGAUUCAGGGUACUCCAGUAAUCGCGAUGGAGAUGUCGAGAUGGGUGGUACCGGAAUCCCUUCCAGCUUACGACCUGGCGCAGCCGUCAAUAAAGUGGUAGAGACUUCCAAAGGUCUCUGGAGCGCAAGCCAGCCACAGAGGUGAAGUGAUUUGAUAAUAUUUUUUCGACUGAAUACAAGCUUGAUAACGGAAGUAACGGCACAGCGUCCUGUUUUUUGAUCAUUGGGACAUUUCAUGCAGCAGGUCCAUCAUAAUGACGAUUGCUUGACUUUUGAGGGAGGUA